GUUUUGUAGUGGAGCUCUGACAGAAAGGGAGAGGGAGGAGUGGUUGAGCUCUGACAGAGAGGAGGAGGGGGAGCAAGAGAAAGGAGGAGUGAACCGGUGGCGGAGAAACCUUGUCCGUUUCUGUAAGUCCCACACGCUGUAGACUACAGAAUGACUGCGGCUGCUCUCCCUCUCAAGACUUCUCUCUGAGAGGCAGCCCUCUCUUUAUUUUGUCUUCUCCUUCCCCUCUGUUUCUCUGCCAGACGUCAGGAGGAGACACUGGGCUCUUGUUUCGCCUCUCUUUCUCUCUCUUGUGUGGGAAACUGAGGGAAACAACUCCUCUCGCAGUUUUUUCAACCCCUUCCUCCUGUCCGUUUUUGAACUCUCUCUCUCUGGAUGUGACGGACCAUGCCGGUGGUAGGGGUAGCCUCCAAGCUCAGACAACCCUCGGUGGGCUCCAAGCCGGUCCACAGCGCUCUCCCAAUCCCCAACCCGGGAAGGACCGCUGCCACACGGGGAUACAUGGCAAGGACCCCAGAGCUGAGGGGGUCAGAAUCCCCCCUGCUCUCCUCCUGUCAGCUGUCACUUAAGUCAGAGUACCAGGAGAGGAGGACGCAGCAGCAGCAGGGACGGAGCAAGGAGACAGAGGAGAAUAAGAUCUGCAAGAUUUAUACAGACUGGGCCAACCACUACCUGACCAAGUCUGGCUGCCCUCGACUCAUCAAGGACCUGACCAUAGACAUUGCUGACGGAGUUCUGCUGGCAGAAAUCAUCCAGAUCAUAGCAAAUGAAAAAGUGGAGGACAUCAAUGGCAGCCCCAGGAGUCAAUCACAAAUGACCGAGAAUGUGGACGCCUGCCUCAGUUUCCUGGAUGCCAGAGGAGUGAAUGUACAAGGGCUCUCCUCAGAAGAGAUCCGGAAUGGGAAUCUAAAGACCAUCCUGGGCCUAUUCUUCAUCCUGUCUCGCUACAAGCAGCAGCAGCAGCAGCAACAGCAGUACUACCAGUCGCUGGUAGAGCUUACACACCAGACCACCGGGGCGGCGCCGGCCAGCCCCCUCAGAACGCAACAAGAGAUGCAGUCCAGUCUCACUGCGCGGUAUGGUAGUCCCCCGGGUCACAGUGGAAUAGGAGCAGCACCACAGAAGAAAAACACAAGGUUGCCAGGGCCGACCAGGGUGUCCGCUGCAGGCAGCGGGGCCCCCAAGGGCCAAGGAUCCUCCAACCUCAACAGGAGGAGUCAGAGCUUUAACAGCAUCGAUAAGAGCAAGCCUCUCCAGUAUGCUAGUGGCAAUGACAGAGAAUCGGUGAAGAGCAUCCCUCUGCCUGGCAGCAUGAACGGAGGUGCCCCCGUGCCCACCAGCCUCAGCGGGCAGCAGCUGGCCUCUGCCAUCCCCUCCCCCACCGCCGGCAAGUCCUGGCGCAGCAAAUCCAUGAACAUGAAGCACAGUGCCACCUCCUCCAUGCUCUCAGUCUCCACCUCGCCCUCGCCCUCUCCCUCGCCCACCCCACUUCCCGCCACCGACCGUCUACGGCCCCCCAUGACCGAGGCGCCCAAGUCGGGCUCUGUCGCUGGCGCAUCCCAGAGAUCCAUGCUGGACAAGUUCCGGAUGAUAAACCCUCGCUCGGCAUCGCGGACCUCGCCGUCGGUGGCCGAGAUGGCCUUGCAGGAGGAGGAUGACAUGUCGGAGUACGGCGAAGAAGGGCUAAGCAUAACGGAGCCGACAUCGUCAGUGUGUUCUAGCAGCACCAGCAGCGCCAAGCAGCUGGCCAAGUCUGCCUCGCCCCCCUCCCUGGCAGCAGCCAACAAGGGCUGUGUGAAGGGCUCGUCCCCCUCCGCCGGCAGCAGCAGUAAGUCCCUGCCCCAGCCCAAAGACAAGGAGGAUAAGAGCAGGAGCAGAGGAGACAAGGCCAGUACCCCUCCCAAAGAGGAACAACGGGAACCCAUGGUGGAUCCAACCAAGAAGACCUCUAAGAUCGCCAGCCUCAUCCCCAAGGGAGGCAAGACUGUGGCAGGCAAGAAGGACAGCGCCAUCCCCUCUGCCUCCAGUGGAAUCCCCAAGCCUGGGCUCAAGGCCCCCUCGGCUACGGGGAAGCCGGCCGGCGGUCAAGCCCAGACCCAGACCCAGACCCAGACCCAGACCACCCAGGGUGGUAGUGGAGGAGGCAGGGAAGGGGACAAGGCCAAGGUGGUUAAAGGGGGUCAGGGGGGCUACUACAUGCAGCAGCGGUCCCUGGGGGGCCUGGAGGGGCGGCGGAGCAACAUGGUGUCUUCCACCAGCACCUCGGCCCUGUCCCAGCCCCCAGGGGCCAUGGGAGGGAACGGAGCGGUGCAGCUCCCCCAGCAGCAGCAGCACAACCACCCCAACACGGCCACCGUCGCCCCCUUCAUGUAUAGGACGUACUCCGAGAACGACUGUACCAUGGUGGCCCCCUCAGACCACUGCCUGAGCCCCACCAAGGGAGACCUGGUCUACAGCAAGACCGCCAAACAGUGCCUGGAAGAGAUCUCAGGGGAAGACCCCGAGACGAGACGCAUGCGGACAGUGAAGAACAUUGCCGACCUACGGCAGAACCUGGAGGAGACCAUGUCCAGUCUGCGGGGGACGCAGAUCAGUCACAGCACCUUGGAGACGACCUUCGACAGCACGGUGACCACAGAGGUCAACGGGCGGAGCCUCACCAGUCGCUCCGCUCCCAUGACCUCCUGGCGCCUCGGCCAAUCAGCCCCAAGCCCCCGCCUACAAGCCGGCGACGCCCCUUCUAUGCCCAGUACCUACACCACGGUCACACCACCUCGGACAGGCGGCAGCACAGGUGGCGCCACGGGGCGGUACGGUCACUCUGACUCCUCCAGGUUUGUGUACAGUGCCCCCAUGAGGCGAGCAGCGACGUCAGGGGCGAGAGGGGCCGAGCAGGGGGAGAAGGGAGGAGGGCCGGAGGGGAUGCUGGAGAUGGACGUGGCGGGGUACAUGAGCGACGGAGACAUCCUGGGGAAGAACGUCAGGACAGAUGACAUCACCAGUGGGUACCUUACAGACGGUGGUCUUCACCUAUACUCGCGGAACAUCGGUCGCGCCCCUGACCUGACCGCGUCGCUAGAGGUCACCCAGAGGGUGGUAAAGGAGGUGCACGGGGACGCAGACAGGUGAGGGCUUCAUCCCAUCUAUUUGGGUUACUUGUGGAGGAGGGUGAAGUUUCCCCUAGAUGCUGAUCUUGGAUCAUUAUUGCGUUUUCGCCACUAAUGGUUAAG